UCUUUCAGGGGGGAAGAUUUAGCAUCUAGCACAGACCGAUCAUGGCGACCCUUGGCAGUCGUGGAAAUCGUCUUGACAAUUCUCCUAACAGACAAUUAAAAUCUGUUUUAGCAACUCCAGAGAAAGUCCGUGAACUUCUUAACGCAGGUGUGUUGUCGGAUGAAAACAGAUCAACUGGUGUUCAGGGGGAGCUGGAUAAGGUGGCACCGAACGGCAACAGUCAAGUUCCUUGUGAAGCGUCUAACAAAGAAGCCUUUUUCACAAGAGUGGAGUCCUACUCUUGUUUGAGAUGGGCAGGAAAGCCUCGGACUCUCUCCCCCCUGAAGUGUGCCAGCUAUGGCUGGAUCAACGUGGGAUGUGACAUGUUGAAAUGUUCAAGUUGCCAGGCUUUCCUCUGUGCAUCACUACAACCAACCCUGGACUACCAGAAAUAUGAUUCCCGGAUAGCAGAGAUAACUAGACAACUACAGACACAGCAUGAGAAGUUUUGUCCAUGGCCAGACUUUCCAUGCCCAGACCGGUUCUGGCUUGUCCCGGCGAACGAGCCAUCAGUGCUGCUCAGUGCUUUCCUGGAGCGCUUUCACACCACCUGUCUCCUGGAGCAGCAGCUACCUGCCAUGAAGCCAGAACAGCUUAAAACCAUGUCUUUGACGGAGGAUGUGAUCAGCGUUCUACUGCAGUUGAUUGAGGAGGAACAGAAGAAGCAGGGCAGGUCCCCUCUGAAGUCCACCUCUGAGGCCCUGGCUGUCCAGGUGGCUGCCUGCAUCGUGGCCCUCUGUGGCUGGACUGGAAGCUCCGCUCUGCACACCAUGAGCCUACCCCUCCUCACCUGCUCCUUCUGCAUGCGCAAAGUGGGUCUGUGGAACUUCCACCAGAUGGAGGGAACAGGAAAAGAGGUAGAGGGAGACGCCCCAAAGUCCCCCACCACCCCGACGUCAUCUACACCCCUGCCUGCACCCGAGGCCCAGGGGGACAGGAAGACUCCCACCUCGCCCUCGCCUUCUACUCCCUACCGAAGGGGGCUGCGGAGCCAGGACAAGACCAGAGGCUCAGAGCAGUCUGUGGGCAGUCUGUCCCCCAUGGUGGUCCGCACCCGCAGCAGGGACUCUCCCAGCCCCAGCGAGGAGCAGCCCAGCCCUCUGCCCAGGGGGAAGAGGCCCAUGACCGGGGGCCGAGGCCAGGGGGAGGGGACAGGGAGCGAGGGGACUGCUUCGGGGGGCUCCAGUCCCCAACGCAACCCCAAACGCAUGUGCCUCUCCUCAGCCAGUAGCCCUGAGGGCCCCCUGCAUAGGAGUGUGUUUGACCCACUAGCCCAGCACAGAGACUGGUGCCCCUGGGUGAAUGUAGGCAAGGAGAACACCCAGCCCACUGGUGGUGUACCCCUGCUGGGUCAAGAGGGAGAGCACCAGCAGGGCUGGAAGGCCGCACUCACUCUCCUCCUCCCCAUGAAGAAGUGCUUCAGCCCAAACAAGGCAGCCAGUCCCCUACAGGGUCCACAUGACAAGUCUAAAAGAGUGUUUGCUAUAUUCCGUCAGUGGCAGGUAUCUUCCCCAUCUCAGUAAGGUCUUUCUCUCUCCACCCCAGAGACAGGGUCAUCGUGACAUUCUCCAUUGAUAUUCUUCCCUGUGGUAUGCUGUACUGUACUAGUUGCACUGACAGUGGUUUCAUAUCCGUGUAUUUCUCCCAUCCGUUAAGUCUGGUUUACAAUCGUGGGGGGGGGGGGGGG